AGACAGAAUUAGGUUCUAUAAGCAUGGCUGCCUUCCAGCCUCAUCUUUGGGUUGUCUUCCUGACUGGGGUUGUUCUUGGGGCUUCUGCUGUGGAAACAUUCCUUGCUGCUAUCUAUGAGCAUGCUGUUAUACUUACCGGACCCACCCCAAAACUUGUCUCUCCAGAAGAAGCCCUGAAUUUAAUGAACAGAAAUCUAGACAUCUUAGAAGAAGCCAUCAAAACAGCUGCUGAACAGGGAGCCCGCAUCAUUGUGACCCCUGAAGAUGCCAUUUAUGGGUGGGUCUUUACUCGGGAAACACUUUAUCCCUAUCUUGAGGAUAUACCAGAUCCUGAAGUAAACUGGAUUCCAUGCGACAAUCCAGAAAGGUUUGGAUUUACCCCAGUGCAGAAAAGGCUUAGUUGCAUGGCAAAGAAUUAUGGCAUCUAUGUGGUUGCCAACAUGGGGGACAAGAAAACAUGUAACUCCAGUGAUCCUAAGUGUCCCAGUGAUGGUCGCUAUCAGUACAAUACCAAUGUUGUUUAUGAUUCAGAAGGAAAGUUUCUGGCCCGUUAUCACAAGUACAACCUUUUUGCCUCAGAAAUCCACUUCAAUUUUGCGAAGGAGCCCCAGUUUGUCAACUUCAACACCUCCUUUGGGAAGUUUGGUGUUUUCACUUGUGCUGAUAUGCUUAACUUUCGUGAACCUGCCAUCUCAUUGGUAGAAAAGUUCAAGGUGGACACCAUUCUUUUCCCAACUGCUUGGUUAAAUACUCUACCCCUUUUGUCUGCUGUUCAAUAUUACUCAGCCUGGGCAAUGGGAAUGCGUGUGAAUAUCCUUGCGGCUAAUAUACACAAACCCAGCUUGGACAUUACUG